CGGGCCGCGGGCUCGGUGCGGGGUGCGGGGUGCGGGUGGCAGGCAGGGCCGCCGUGGCUCCAUGCUGCUGCCGCUGGCCUGCCUACAUGGGCGGGUGGCACAGUGCCUAACCUCCCUACUGGUGCUCGCAGAGCCGCUGCCCAGGCCCCGGCGCGGCGCGAAGGCGCGCGGGGCGGCGCCGACCAGUGUGGAGGCGGCUCCGGCCGGAGCGAAGAUGGCCGCAGAACUGUACCCGCCCGCCGGUGCCUCCGCACCUACUGCCACGGACAUCGCCAACAGCAACGCGGCGGGCGCGACCGUGGGCAGGAAGGUCGGCCUCUGCUGCCCACCGCGCCUGGCGCCCGUCCCGCUGCCACCCUUGCCCGCACCGCCCGCGCCAGAUAACAAUAAUCCUGAGAGCCCCAACUGGCAGUCCUUCCAUCCUACGCUGCGCGAGAGGAAUGCGCUCAUGUUCAACAACGAGCUGAUGGCUGACGUCCACUUCAUCGUGGGAGCCCUGGGGGCAGCCAGGCGCGUGCCCGCGCACAAGUACGUCUUGGCUGUCGGCAGCUCCGUCUUCUAUGCCAUGUUCUAUGGGGACCUUGCGGAAGUCAAGUCAGAAAUCCACAUUCCUGACGUCGAGCCUGCAGCCUUCUUGGUCUUGUUAAAGUACAUGUACAGCGAUGAGAUUGAUCUGGAGGCGGACACAGUGCUCGCCACUCUGUAUGCUGCUAAGAAGUACAUUGUGCCUGCAUUAGCCAAGGCCUGUGUCAACUUUCUGGAGACAAGCCUGGAAGCCAAGAAUGCCUGUGUGCUGCUAUCCCAGAGCCGACUGUUUGAGGAGCCUGAACUGACCCAGCGCUGCUGGGAAGUCAUUGAUGCACAGGCUGAGAUGGCUCUGAGGUCUGAAGGCUUCUGUGAAAUUGACCGGCAGACCUUGGAGAUCAUUGUGACUAGGGAGGCCCUCAACACCAAAGAGGCUGUGGUCUUUGAGGCUGUCCUGAACUGGGCUGAGGCAGAGUGCAAGAGACAGGGCCUGCCCAUCACCCCUCACAACAAGAGGCACGUUUUGGGAAGAGCCCUCUAUCUAGUCCGAAUCCCAACUAUGACACUAGAGGAGUUUGCCAAUGGUGCUGCCCAGUCAGACAUCCUGACCUUGGAGGAGACCCACAAUAUCUUCCUCUGGUACACGGCCGCCAACAAGCCCCUCCUUGACUUCCCCCUGACCAAGAGAAAGGGCCUUGUUCCACAAAGGUGCCACCGCUUCCAGUCUUCUGCCUACCGAAGUAACCAGUGGAGGUACCGUGGGCGCUGUGACAGCAUCCAGUUUGCAGUGGACAGAAGGGUGUUCAUUGCUGGGCUGGGCUUAUAUGGGUCCAGUUCUGGGAAGGCUGAGUACAGCGUGAAGAUUGAACUCAAGCGGCUAGGGAUGGUCCUAGCUCAGAAUCUCACCAAGUUUGUUUCAGAUGGAUCCAGCAACACAUUCCCAGUCUGGUUUGAGCAUCCAGUCCAAGUGGAGCAGGACACCUUCUACACUGCCAGUGCUGUCCUGGACGGCAGUGAGCUCAGCUACUUUGGGCAGGAGGGAAUGACAGAGGUGCAGUGUGGGAAGGUGGCCUUCCAGUUUCAGUGCUCCUCGGACAGUACCAAUGGGACUGGGGUCCAGGGUGGACAGAUUCCAGAGCUCAUCUUCUAUGCCUAAGGUGUAGAGGUUGGGGUAGACUUGCACCAGGUUCUUCC